GGUAUAUUGACAGUAAUGUGGACAAAAACUAAUACUGAAGAUAUUUCAAGUUAUGGAUCAAUCAACGGUCAUGUGCAUUUAAAUAUAUAGAAAAAUGAUUAAGAAUCUGCCUAUUAUUAGAUUUAAUCGAACAUUUAUAGCUCAGAAAUAAGUUUGAUGUAGAAAAAACUUGAUCUAACUAUGGCAGCCUCUUCAGUUGUCUUGGACAACAAUACGCACAGUGAUCUAGUCGACGAAACUAACCUAAUGGGAACGAAAGAGUACCACUGCAAUAGUGGAGACCUAAUGGGAGGAUUGGGGCUAGUGGUGCAAGCUGUGUUAGCAUUCUUAGCUUUCACAUCUCUAAUAGUUAAAAGAUACUGUGAGCCAAUAUAUGAAAGACGACCCUGGAAAAUAUGGUUCUUUGACACUUCCAAGCAGGGAUUUGGGGCUGCUGUCAUCCAUUUUGCCAAUGUCUUCCUAGCAGACAUGUUUCAAGGAGACCCAUGCACAUGGUAUUUUGUAAGCUUUGUACUGGACUCCACGAUUGGUCUGUUUGUAAUCUACAUCGGCCUCAAGCUCACUCAACUUAUCGUCCGCAAGCUCAAGUGGGACUCGCUGAAGUUUGGAGAAUAUGGGAACCCCCCUGCCUGCAGUACCUGGGUGGGACAGUGUGCCCUCUAUAUACUGGUGAUGAUCCUGGAGAAAAUUCUCAUGACUCUUCUCAUCCAGUUUGACUUCUGGAAAAAGGUGAGGACGUUUCUGAUGUCCCCCAUUAAGGACCCCAAAGUGGAGCUGGUGAUUGUGAUGUUCAUUGUACCUCUAGUUGUAAAUGCGUUUAUCUUUUGGGUGGUAGACAACUUCCUUAAGAGGAAAAUUAAAGGCACAAAGACAAUAUACGUCAGUGAUAUAGACACAACUGUGAAAUACAGCAAAACCAAAGAUGAGGCGAGGUGCUAUAACAGAAUCGAAAAGACGGAGGAUUAUUUUGAAUCGGACAUCUUGGCUUCCACUGAUGAUGAACCGGACUUGCGAUUUCGUUGUACCGACGGUACAGAGAAAUUACUAGCAUGAGAGAGGUCAUUCUUAGAAGUGGUCCCUGGUUAAAUUCUGAGGGCUAACAUCUCUAUAUUGGGAAAGUGGUUAUUUAUGAAUGGUGUUAAUUUACACUAGAACAUAGUAAGCUUAAAACCGUGUAAAAUAUCCCUGUUUACAACAACAAAAACUUAAAAUUGGUCAAUCACACAACAUAAUAUUUAUUACCCACGUGUAUUGUUUGACUAACAAAAAUGCUUAUUUUAUUACCAGGGUAAAUAACCACUUUUACAUUAGUUGAAAGUAUAGUCUGACUAUUGCUAAGUAGUUUGGUUUGGUUCUUUUAAGGGUGCUUGAUUCAGCAUGUAGGGGGUUCUUUAGUUUAUUUGGUGGAAAUUACAAUAGUGGUAUUCACCUGGUUUUGUAGUGUUGUGUCAGUUGUUCCCAUUACUCUUGUGUGUUUGGAGAUAAAUUAAGAUUCAUUUGGUUCCUCAGACUGAAUAGCCACUUUAAAAAUUUCAUCAUUAUCAUCAGAAGGUCCACAUAAGUCCCAUACUAAGCACUAGGUAACUCAUUCUGACCAAUCCCUGUGAUUACAAUGGCAUUUUUUCUCCACGUUGGAUAACAGCUUCCCAUUUUGCACAAACUAAUCUACCCCAUUUUUGUGAAGUGCUACAUUUUGCCAAAAACAGUUCAUCAUUAAAUGUUGUCACUCUCUGUUUCAUGUAUUGCUUGUGGUGGUUUUUGUGAAUGAUUGGAUACUUUGUAGAGUACAUUGAUGUUUGAUGUGAUAUUGAUGUUGAUGGUCGUAACAUUUUGAUUUAUUUUGUGCCAUUCAUCCAUGUCUCAGAAAACUGUACAAAUACACAAGCAUGGUACAUUACUGGUCUGUGUCCAGCAUAAUACAGAAAUAAAUUUUUUAAAAACCACGAUACAGGUUAAUAAAUUGUGGAUCAAUUUUCUUCUUGUUGGGCAUUUUAUACAAGCAUUGACAUUCAUCUAAUAAGGAUGUAUAUGGAAUGGACUCUGCCACAAGGUUGAAUUAUUAAGAAGAUUUUUUAUGAAUUGCUUUCGAUUUCUUUGCCAAAACUUUGAUUUAUUGUAGCCAAAAUUUGAAAAACAGCUCACAUCAAUUUUGUCUUUUAGUUCAGGGACUUUUCCAAAUUACAAAAAUAAAAAAAAACUAUGGACAUGAUUACAAUUUAUUUUAAUGAGAAUUGUGAUUAAUGUUCAUUUAUUAUAUUUACUUUAAUAUGGAUGUACAUGUACUAGAUUGAUAUAUACUGAAGAGGCAUUCUUAUAACUUUUGUGACACAUUAUCUUGGUUGGAAGUUUUGAAAGUAACAAAACACAGACAAUAUACAUAUACUGGUACACAUGCAGGCCCAUGUAAUGAAACAGGUUGAUGAAACUAAUGCUUGAAGUUCAUACAUAUAUGAAUUCUGUGUUAGUGAAAAAUGAUACCUUCACGUCUUAUGUUAAAAAGUGAAAUUAAUAUGGAUAUAAUUUUGGCUGUAACAGUAUACAAAAAAAGUGUAUGUUUUUUUUUUACGUCAGAUUUUUCUCAGGGGGCAGGGGAAAAUUAUUGUUUUAUGAAUUUCUCUUGUAAAGACACAAUUUUUGCUCCGUGCUUUCUCUGAUACUUAUUUUAUUAAUUAGCAAUAAUUUAAAUGAUGCUUAAACUUUUCCUGUUACUUUUAAGCAAACAUUGUAAUGAGUUUCUGGUAUACAGUGUAAGAUAACAAAGGUACUUUAGAAACUUUGGCUUUGUUGGCUAUCAGAAGGAAACCCUCUAACUAUUUAUUUUUGAAUUUUAUUGUACUGGUACAUAUCUAGCUGUUUUUAUUUUUUUUUAAACUUAUAUUUAAAUUAACAUUCUUGACUGAGUUCUUCAAUUAUUCCCUCCAUCUAUACUUUUAUUUCGUUGUACUUAAUUGAAUAUAAAAAUUGCUAUCAAAACUUCCAACAUUUUGUUGAGGUUUGAGUGCAAAUUUGUCCACUUCCACUCUUUUCUUUUAUUUUUAUUUUUCAAUUUUAAUUGUGUGUUUGUUUUUAAAACUGUUUUUAAACUCUUUGAACUCCAUCCAGUUGCUAUUGAAAUUACUUAAUUUAAAUUCUUAGUUUUUGUAGUAUUGAAAUCCUGAAUUUUUUGCAUUUGUUUUCGCAAUAAAAAUUCAUAUCCUAUGGUUUCAUCAGUAUUAAAUGAAUACCUGUUUUUUGAGUUGAUCCAUGUACCGGUAAUCAAUGGUCAGUGAAUUGCAAUUUAUAAUAACAUAUAGUUUUGAUGGGAUUAUUAGCCACCAAUUUAUGUAUUUUUGAAACUUUCUCAUCAAAUCCACAAAAAUUAAGCCCAUGAUUAGUGAAACUAUUAUUACACUAUUUGCUUCUCUUCUAAGAACUCUUCAAAAUUGUAACAUAACUUAAGUGUAAUGGUCUGUGUCGCAUAUCAUUAUCAUUUUACCAGCUGUAUUUCGUUAUUAAUACACACUGCUUUGUUUAAUGAUCUAGUCAAAAUUCAAACUUCUUAGAAAUCCAAAAUGGAAGAAAACAGGGAAAUUAAAUGUUCAGAAUAUGUAAUAAGGUACAUGAAUAUAUUAACUUAUUUAGCCAAGUACAAGGAUGUUUUAAUAAUCAAAAAAUAUUUAUGUUUUUUUCUGUACUAAACUACCAUAUACACUUGUAACAACUUAAUAUACUUCACAUUUCAGUUGAAAAAUCUUUUGUAUUUUGAGAUUGUUUUUGUUAUCUUAUUAAAAUGUACAAUGUAAUUUUAUUUUACACUAAGUCUUGCACUAUCAGUUUUCAAUAUUUACAGGUACAUACAGUAUAUAAUUACCAAACAUUAUUCAAAAUGGUAAAUACAUUUAAUUCAAAAUGAAUAGAAUUUUGCUACAUUAACACUGAUGUAUUGCACAUAUUCAAUAUGCUGUGCUUGUUUUGAAUAAUGAUAACCAUCAAUAAAGUUGUGUUAAGUUGA